AUGGAAGAGUGCCGGUUCGAGACAAGCGAGCUACAGGCUUCGUUGAUGAUGUCGACUCCGCUAUGGUCCGACUCAUGGAGUUUAUGCAACGCCGCUGAUUCCGCCGGAAACAUUCAAAUCCAACACGUCGCAGGAAUCAUGUAUGUUGCUUUACCGAAGGUGGAGAUGAAUCAACCUUGGAAUCUUGUGGACCUGGAAGUUGCCGGAGAUGGUCUUUUCGCGGCCUUGUCCUCAUCGUUACCCUCCGGUGAGCCUCCAUUAAUGGUCAACGGUGUAAUACUUGAACAUUUUGUUUCAACGGGUCUCCUUAUUCAGUCACAGAUCACACAAGGAUUGAAACUGGAAGAAACUAAACAAGUGGUAAUCACCGGACAUUCAACUGGCGGUGCGUUUGCCGCACUCACCGCACUUUGGCUUCUCUCACAACCUUCUCCACCGCUAUUCCACCUCCUCUGCAUCACCUUCGGCUCUCCUUUCCUUGGAAACCAAUCUCUCUCUUCCUCAGUGUCCCUAUCAUGUUUAGCCCUCAAGUUUUGCCAUGUGGUCGCCAUUCACGACCUUGUUCCCAGAGGAAAUGAUGAUCGGUUCUGGCCCUUUGGAACCUAUCUCUUAUGUUCCGACAGUGGAGGUAUUUGCUUAGAUAAUGCUGAUUCAGUUCGUGGGAUGUUUCGUAUACUCAACUCGACAGGAACUAACAUUGAGGAACAUCAAAGUUACGGAUAUUACGUGUCCACACUCUCUCACCAAAUUCUUAUAUCUAGAAGCUUUCGUGGUGGGCGUAUCUCAGAAAAUAGAUAUGAAGCUGGUGUUGCAUUAGCUGUUGAGUCUCUAGGAUUCUCUAAUGAUCAAGAAAGUUGUUUCUCGGUGAAAGAGUGUAUAGAAACAGCUACAAAGAAAAGUCGUGCUCCGAUUUUGAGAGCGAGUGAGUUACCAAAGCACAUUCAAUGGUACAAAGAUCGUUGCGACGAGUCACCAAAGCAGUUUGGUUACUAUGAUAACUUCAAACAGUUCUCAAAUCCAAGAGAGAUAAGGGUGAAUAUGAGUCGCGCAAAGCUAGCUAAAUUUUGGGAUGGCGUGUUUGAAAUGGUGGAGAAGAAUGAGUUACCAUUUGAUUUUCAUAUGGGGAAGAAAUGGGUAUACACAUCACAGUUUUACCAACUCUUAGCUGAACCAUUGGACAUUGCGUAUUUCUACAAAUACAAAUAUUCAAGGACGAGUGGUCAUUACAUGAAGAGUGGGAAUAGACCCAAAAGAUAUGUAGUGAUUGAUAAGUGGUGGAAAGAGAAAAGAGAACCUCGAAAAGUGAAGCAUGCGAGGACUCGAUAUGCUAGCACUACGCAGGAUACUUGCUUUUGGGCUAAGCUUGAGGAAGCAAAAGAGUGUUUGGAAGAUCUGAUCAGUGAGAGUAGUGAUGCACAGAAGCGAACUUUGUUAUGGGAAAAGAUUGUUGGGUUUGAAAGCUAUGCUGAUACAUUGGUGAAGAUGAAGGAAGUUUCGAAAGAUGUUUUGGCGACGAACUCGAGUUACAGUGUGUGGGUGGAGAAACUAAGAGAGUUCAAGUUUAAAGUGGGCAAUGAAGUUUUUGAUGAGAGUGACGCAAUGGAGACUUAG